AGCUGAGAGGCUCGACCCCAUUUCAACAAUGUAUGGAUCUGGCCAUGGAAAUCGUGACCAGCAGCUGUACAAUCCACAUGGUUUUAUCGAAAUAGUUAACGAGAUAGAGCGUCACGAUACAAUGGAUCACUCCGCGCAGCACAUUGAGCGCAACUAUGGGUGCAGUGAACGUGAGAAUCACUACCGAUUCUGCGGGGAAGAGGAUUCGUACACAGCCGGACAUGAACAGUACGUGACAGGAGCUAGUGAGGAGUACUCUCCUGUCCCCAGAAGAGGAGAGGAGUACUCAAUGUUCGGGGGGCACUCGGACAAUUCGCACUAUGAGAAUCUGAAGAUUUACACUCCAGAAUACAGAACAGCGUCGUCGCCCAUGAUAAAAACAGAGCAGAGAAAACGCGGGGUGACCUGGAAAGAUUAUGAUGAUGGACACGAGCAGUGCAGGUUACAACUUCGAUCAGUUUCUCGAGAUCUCAGUUUAAAGUUACUGGAGCAGGAGGAUCGAUCAACGAACUUAGGAAAGAGUUGGAGACUAAACGAGGGGGUAAUGGAGUUGAUAUUUCGGAGAUAGUGAUGCGGGAAAGGGACAUGGCUUUGAACGAGCUCCGCAAACUAAGAGCAGGGAAUUUGUAACCACAAAAGCUUUUCAGGGGAAGCACGGGCUUCUAUCGGGUUCUGGGGACAAAAAGGGGGAAAGCCAGCCUUCUGACUCUUGAGGGGAAGUGGAUAGACCUCUCGGGACCGGUCUUAGGACCGCUAAGAGAAAGAAAGGAAGAGUGUGACCACCAAAUGGGCUGGUGUUGAACAGGGAAAGUAGGGCAUUGUUAGCACUCAAACAGAGUAUUGAGAUGAGUGGGGAACCGCUCCAACGCGAACUCAAAAACACACUCAAAGUCAAGUCAACGGAGUAUACGAGGUUCCGGGGACCGAACAUAGAAAGGCCAAGACCAAGUACAGGCAAGUUAAUACAAGAAGUGCAAACACACACGUGGGAAGGCAGGAAGGGAGAAACAACGGGGGGCACGUCGCAAUGCGGAGGGGCUAAGGUACGGACCUGGACCGUACGGGGCCGCACAAACCGGAAAAGCAGGGCGGGCACUUCAAACGGGGAAAGAGAUUACGGAGUGGAGUUGGAACGCGGGACCCAGCGGGAUGAAGCGUUUGAAGGAAAAGCCGAGGAGGGGGAGCGGAACACACAGCGGGUGAGACGAAGGCUUUGGAAGAAUGGGUGGAAGUAAAAGGGGAAGUUUGAAUUCCGCAAGUUUGCGGGGCAGGAUUGCCAAAGGCAAAGGAUCCACUAAAUUGGUGGGGACGACCAAGGGAGCAAGAUAACGGCGGAUGGAUAGUUUAGGGCGAUUUAUUGCGUGGGACCGGAUUGCGCCCGCCGGAAACGGGGACGGGGAAACGUGAGUUUUCUAAUACAGCGGCCCCCAGUUACCGUUGUACAUUCAUGAAGAAAAAACAAACGGGGCCCACAAAAGGAGAAGAACAACUCGAUGACGCUCUCCGACGUAACGUUCACGGAGGCCCGAACAAUCAGCGGCCGCAAAGUAAACGUGAUCAUGGGUAAAGGAGGAAAAAACUCGUCCCCUCGCAGUUCUGUCAGCAGCACCGACAAGGUGAAAACAGUGGUUCUGGAGGAGAACAGAGGGUACAUGGAGGGCUUGCAACACGUCGUCAGUUCGGAGAGUCCCGUUAAGAGGAUCAGCGACAUCGCCAUCAAACCUAGGGCGAGAAAAGUACACGGAACCAUGAUAAAGAUUGAGGAAGUACAACCAGCAGCCAGACCGAGAAAACCUGCUCGAACUGUCGCUCAAUCGUCUUCCAGUUCCACUUCUAGUUCAACUUCCAAACGUCCGGAAAAAAAUAAAAACCCCGGAGCUGAGCUAACCAGAAAAUGUUUCCAUUUCUCACCUGGAGGGCUUCGAAGUCAUAUGCGGCAAAUCUCGUAGUAAGGCCAUCUUCAUCAGCAAAAUCCUGAACACUGGACUAUCAACCGGCCCAGACGGUGUGAGCGUUGGGGACGAAGUGGUGGAAGCUAACGGUACUCCAGUCACAAACUUGUCAAUUGAAGAAGCGAACCAGGCCAUAAGAUGUCAGACCCCCGCUAAACUGGCUGUACGCAGCAACAGCUCCGCUUAUCUUGCAGCUAGAGAUACUUUCUACGUCAGG